GCAACCCAAAAAUGUGGAGAAGCAUAAUAAUACAGAAAGGAAAUGCUCUUCUAAUCCAGGAAGUUCAAGAAGAAGAUGGAGGAAAUUACACUUGUGAACUUAAAUAUGAAGGAAAACUUGUAAGACGAACAACUGAAUUGAAAGUUACAGCUUUACUCACAGACAAGCCUCCGAAGCCAUUAUUCCCUAUGGAGAAUCAGCCAAGUGUUAUAGAUGUACAGCUGGGUAAGCCGCUGAAUAUCCCUUGCAAAGCAUUCUUUGGAUUUAGUGGAGAGUCUGGACCAAUGAUCUACUGGAUGAAAGGGGAGAAGUUUAUUGAAGAACUGGCAGGUCACAUUAGAGAAGGUGAAAUAAGGCUACUCAAAGAGCAUCUUGGAGAAAAAGAAGUUGAGUUGGCACUUAUCUUUGAUUCAGUGGUGGAGGCUGAUCUGGCAAAUUAUACCUGCCAUGUGGAAAACCGAAAUGGAAGGAAACAUGCCAGCGUUCUGCUGCGUAAAAAGGAUUUAAUCUACAAAAUUGAGCUUGCAGGAGGUGUAGGAGCAAUCCUCCUUCUCUUUGUACUGUUCGUGAUCAUCUACAAAUGCUACAAUAUUGAACUGAUGCUCUUCUACAGACAGCAUUUUGGAGAUGAUGAAACUACUGAUGACAACAAGGAAUAUGAUGCCUAUCUCUCUUACACAAAAGUGGAUCAAGAUACUUUAGACUGUGACAAUCCUGAAGAAGAGCAGUUUGCUCUUGAAAUACUGCCAGAUGUCCUAGAAAAACAUUAUGGAUAUAAACUAUUCAUACCAGAAAGAGACCUGAUUCCAAGUGGAACUUACAUUGAAGAUCUCACAAGAUGUGUUGAGCAAAGCAGAAGACUUAUUAUCGUGCUAACAUCAAACUAUAUUCUCAGACGAGGAUGGAGUAUUUUUGAAUUGGAAAACAGACUCCAUAACAUGCUAGUCAGUGGGGAAAUCAAAGUGAUCUUGAUUGAGUGUACAGAAUUAAAGGGGAAGGUGAAUUGCCAGGAAGUGGAAUCACUAAAGCACAGCAUCAAACUUCUGUCACUUAUCAAGUGGAAGGGACCCAAAAGCAGCAAAUUAAAUUCUAAGUUUUGGAAGCACUUAGUAUAUGAAAUGCCCAUCAGGAAAAAGGAAGUACUUUCUCGAUGCCAGAUUAUGGACUCUGCAGAACAAGGACUUUUUGGAGAACUCCAACCUAUACCCUCUAUUGCCAUGACCAGUACCUCAGCCUCUCUGGUAUCAUCUCAAGCUGAUGUCCCUGAAUUCCACCAUUCAGAUUCGAUGCAAAUGAGGCACUGUUGCAGAAGUUAUAAACACGAGAUGCCAACAACCACCUUUUCUGUACCUUCCUUAAGCAACCACCACACUUACUGUAACCUGCCUCUGAAGCUACUCAAUGGACAACUACCCCUUAAUAAUUCCCUGAAAGAUACCCAGGAAUUUCACAGAAACAGUUCCAUGCUACCGCUAUCAUCCAAAGAGCUUAGCUUCACCAGUGAUAUUUGGUAGUGAAGAAUCUGACAUACUGAGAAAAGCCAUGGAAAAUUUAUGGUAUAACAAGCAUAAAGUACACCUAACAUUGAGGUGCUGAAAAAGUGUUGGAAGAAAAAGGCACAGAAAUUGCUUUUGUACUUCAAUUUUUGUAUGCAUUCCCAGAAUACUGGGGGAAGAAAGACCUGCUUUUGUGGUAUGGUACCUUGUUCCAAUUUACAGUUUUAAUUUCUCCUGGAAAAUGUUACUCCUAUUGUUUUAGAGUAGGUUUUAUGAUGCC